AUGCUACUGGCGGGUGGCGGUACGUUUCCGAGAUGUGAGGAUGGGUAUUCUUGUUUACGACCACCAUCAAAAAUCUACACAGCGUGCCUCCGCCAGGACAUCGAGUACAAAACGCUCGGCAUUUCGUACGACGCCACCAGCAAAAGCGUCGUUCAGCAGCUGCUCCGACGAUGCAAAAUGCGACAUCGUGAUCCACGGCUGUUCUACCUGACGAUGGAGGUGACCGUACGGAGGCCCGGCGUUAAAUCACUGCUGGAGCUGGAUGAUGAAGCGAGGCCGGCCCUGCUGCAGGCUUGCCACCCGAAGGGCGACUCCAGAUUUUGCCUCCAGCAAAAACCUGGCGGUCUCAUCCGGGUGCACACAUCGGCCCUGCAGCCCAACUCCCAGUACAAAUCGCUUCUCAUCUCCGAGGAAACCACCUCGGACGAGCUGCUCGCCCUGCUCCUCUCCUGCUACAACUCCAUCGAACCGGUCGAACAGUUCAGCCUGUACGAAGUCUGCCCCGGCCAGGAAUACCAGCGGAAACUCCACCCGGACGACCUGCCCCUAAAGACGCAACUCCAGCGGCAACAGCGCAACGAAAUCAUGCACUUUCUGGUGCGCCGAAAUCCAAACUACCCCCGACGGCGCCAAAUGUUGGCACCCAUCUCCGAAGUGAAACACUUCAUCAUCGGUCCCGGCUCGUUAACGCACCACCGACUCUCGCUGCACUCGUCGACCUUCCCGCUCAGUGCCGUAACCACACCGACCAAUACGCUCAUUUCGGACAUCGUCGAUGGCGUUUCCUCGCUAAACAGCCUCAAUGAACCCAAGAGCAUGGCCCUGCGGGAAUCAUGUCUAUCGUCCUCCUCGUCGUCCUCAUCCUCAUCCUCUUCGUCGUCAUGCUCGAGUUCAAGCAGUUCGAGCAGCUCCAGCAGCCGAUCCAGCGAAGACGACAACAACAACGACGACCGGAGAUGUUGCCUGCAGUGCAAAUCAAACAUCGAUCAUUCGGACUGUGAACAGUGCCAACGAGAAAGACCGCUGGACACGGUGGACGGUCCUGCGGUUAAAGCUCGCAACGCGGACCGAUGCCUACAAGCACCACCUCGCCCCUCCAAAGCAUCGCUUCUACCUUCCUCCCUCCUAAUGGCUCCAUCGGCACCUUCCUACAACCCGGUGUACAACAUCCGAGAGAUCCGGACCGUGUGCAACUCGUUUUCCUCGCUCGGAAUCGACAAAAAACUGGUCGACAUCGAAAGGAUCGACAACCGGACGAGCAGUGCCAGCAUAACGGGCAACGUGACGAGGAGCACCGUCGUGAAGGAAGCCGUCAACACCGACCCCGUGAAGGGCGUGGGCAAUUUCAUCUACAUCUGAGCGCGGCGGCGUGCGUUGGGACUCCGAAACGAAUCGAAAACAACGACGACACCGACAGGUGGCUAUUAUCCGUGAAAAAAUGGAUAAAGUUCACCCCCACGCGAGUGAAAUCGAGAUGGCACCGAAGACGCGAACUUUUGCGAUUACAAUUUUGUUUCGUCCACUAGUCACAGUUAUUAAUGUUAUUAAAUUGAUUUUAUUUGAUGUUUUUUUUCCUUUCGCUGCUUUUCAUGUAUAGAGAUAGAUAAGAAAGUGGAAGUUAAUGAAAAGGAAUUUCGUGUAGCAAUAUAUUUUUAUGCGCUAUAAACCCUCAGGGGUGAAACAGGUUUCGGUGUGAGUGUUGUUCAAAAGGAUUCAGAAAAAAACUUCUAAACUUCGAAUAACCAAUACAAGGUGAUGAAGAAGGUAAUAACUCAAAUUUUGAUGAAGUUUUUCUUAGACAUGGAAAUCAUUCACCUGUAUUGGAUAUUCAAACGAACUCCCACCGACAAGGAAAACCUGUCAACACAUCAAAACUAAUCCAAAAAUGAGCAUCCCAAGUGUAUAAUAAAUGGAACAAAGCAAGUAAUUGAAGCCAAAAAAUGAAUCAGCAAACUCCUCAGACAACCGACAAAGAAGAUGUUAUUUUCAUUUUCCAGAUCCGUGUAUUAUCCGACGCCCUUCUCUCCCUCUGCUAGAUUUUAAGAUACGAUAUGAGCCAAACGGCAAACGUCGUGAUUGUGCGUAGAGCAAAUCGAAUCCUGUAAAGUAAUUUAAGAGAUAUAAAAGUCUAGAUUUGGAAACAAGCGCUCCAUGCCAAAGAAUCGAACGUAGCUAUUAAGGACACAUCUUUACGGCACCCGAAUUGAUUUUCCCCCGCUCCGCAUUCCCCCAUCACUGUCAGGUCAUUGUUAUUUUUAGGGCUAUGAUGUGUGUACGUAUAUCGUCGAAAGAAUCAGUUGUACCAAAAACAUAUUUACAGACUUCGCUUGCAUCCCAUUUGUAGGAAAGGAAAAUAUAGUCAAUCAAAUCGCAUACACUUAUUAUCAUUCACUAGUAGUCAGUUCCAUUCUUGAGUCGUAUCAUUAUGUAUUUUUGUAUCUGAAGAAGCGAGACCGUUACGGCAGAUAGAUAAAGCUAGCACAGAUUCUGUCCUAUGUAGCCAAAUCCACAAACGGAUCGGUAACUGAACUCCGUCGUAGAAACGAGGUCAAACGCUGUAUCUCUCUAAUCUAUUAUCAUUAUUAUUAUUUCUAUUAUUAUCAUCAUCGAGAAAUAUAGGAAAGUGAUUGAGUGAAAACUAA